AUGCUUGAGUCACUCGUCGCGAAUGUGUUGAACAGGGUUUUGGGGGCUUAUGUAUCUAACUUGGAGAAUAACCAAUUGAAUAUUGCUAUAUGGUCUGGUGAUGUCGUAUUGAAGAAUUUGCAACUAAAGAAGGAGGCUUUGGAUAAGUUUGAUCUGCCUGUUGAUGUAUUGGAAGGUUAUCUUGGUGAAUUGACAUUGAAUAUCCCAUGGGCCAAUCUAAGGAAUAAACCAGUCAGAGCUAUAGUUAAAGACGUCUAUUUAUUAGCUGUGCCUAAGGCUGAAUCUGAGUAUGAUCCAGUAGAGGAGGAACGGCGUGCUCAGCAAUUGAAACAAGAAAAGUUAGCUAAUGCCGAACUAUUAGCCGCAAAGCCGUCUGAAGACGGUGACGAUGAUAAGAAUCAAUCGUUUGUUAAUUCACUCGUCACUAAGGUCGUCGACAAUCUACAAAUAUCGAUCAAGAAUAUACAUAUCAGAUAUGAAGAUAGGCUUAGUGAUCCAGGCCAUCCAUUCGCAAUCGGAGUGACUCUUUCAGAAUUAUCUGUCGUGUCUGCAGACGAAAAUUGGGUGCCUACAUUCAUUGAGGGUGAGACAAAGGAUAUUCGCAAGUUGCUCACUUUAGGCUCUUUGGCUGUAUAUUGGAAUACAGAUACAAAAUCGUUAGCCGGACAUGCUUCAAACGAAGCAAUUAAAUUAUUUAAUAGUCUGAUUGCAUCCGAGAGUAAUACUAUUGACCACCAGUAUAUUCUGAAACCAGUCUCAGGAAAAGGACGUCUUACCAUGAGCAAAAGGCAUGAUCCAAACGUCCCAAAGAUAAAUUCUACUCUCUUAUUUGACGAAUUAGGCUUUGUCCUAGAUGAUGAACAGUACAGAGAUGCGUUGUUGAUGGUUGAUUUAUUUCAUUUCUUUCUGAGACAACAGCAAUAUCGUAAAUUCAGGCCUCCAAAAGAAGUAACGCCAAAAUCAAAUCCGAGAGCUUGGUUUCAAUUCGCAGGCAAAUGCAUUCUGUCAGAGAUACAAGAGCGUAAUCGCAAAUUCACCUGGGCUUAUCUUGCAGAACGUCGACUACAAAGAAUAGAAUAUCUCGAUCUCUAUACCAAAAAAAUGCUUGACCGCCUCACUCCGGAGGAUACUGCAAAGUUAGAACAGCUGGAAACAAAGCUCUCUUACGAAGAUAUUAGAUUUUACAGAUCAAUAGGCAGGAGUAGACUACGUAAAGAAAAGGCACUCAUAGCAAAGAAACGAGAAAUAGAAAAACAACAUCAACGCGGUCGUUCUGGAUGGCUGAGUGGUUGGUGGCCUGGCGGUGGUUCAUCAUCUGAUGAUACCGAGACUAUAUUGACCGACGAACAAAGGAAAGAACUGUAUGAUGCUAUUGAAUAUGAUGAAACAGCUGCGGUAACAGAUGCAGUUGAAGUACCCAAGGAUUCGAUUCAAUUGCAAUUUAGCACUAUACUGAAAAUAGGCUCUUUCGCAUUAAAGAAAAAUCCGCAUGGAAAAAACCACACCAUUCUAUCGUUGGUGUUUGAUACAGUUACAACUGAAUUUCUGCAGAGACCUACGUCAUUUGCGCUCGAAACCGCUCUGGGCAGUCUAGCUGUGUACGAUGGGUCAACAGAGGGUACCUUGUAUCCACAGAUAGUCCGAGUUAAAGAGGACCUCCGAGCCGGAAAAGCCAUAGAAGAAGCACAGGCGACUAGUGUGAUUACGGAGCACCUCAUCAAACCUGAAGAAGGCCAUGUUACCGAAAACCCUUUCUUUCAACUGAUGUUCGAAUCCAAACCAAUCGACAACCGUGCUGAUAAUGCCUUCUCCCUAAAAAUGAAGCAUCUCGAGAUCAUAUACAAUAAAAACGCUAUCGAAGCCGUCCAAGACUUUUUCAAACCACCAGAACAGCAAAUGGAAUCUAUCGCUGUGUUGAUCGAAGCUGCGGGAGAUAGGUUUGAAGGGAUUAAAGCUCAAACACGCGCCACGUUAGGAUCUGCUUUCGGGUAUGCUUUCGAAGAUCACAAGACGAUGGAUGUGGAGAUUGAUAUGAAUGCACCAAUUGUGAUUAUACCGGAGAGCUGUAUCAGGAAAGAUGCCGAAGUUAUUGUGUUGGAUGCUGGUCGUAUUAGCGUUGUGAGUAAUUUGGUACCAAAGGAAGUCAUUGCGGAGAUCAAGUCGAAGACGGUAGAAACGUAUAGUGAUAAGGAUUUAGAAACUUUAAUGUAUGAUAGAUUUUCUGUGGAGCUAUCAUCUACUCAGCUUCUCGUAGGACACUCUGCUGAAAGUUGCCUAGCUCAAAUUCGUAACGUAAGCACUACAUACGACCUCCAUGUAAUCGACCGCAUCAACAUCAAUUUCCUUGUGGAACUCUCUAUUCUACCUUCCGCCCCUAAUGUUGCUCGUAUCCGCGUUUCUGGCAAAUUACCAUUACUUCAAGUCAACCUCUCCGAUCGCAAAUACAAAACUAUCAUGAAGAUUGUGGAUCUAGUCACAAAAAAAGAAGAUCAGGCAGGAGAAGAUAUUAUAGGAUACAAGGAAAAUAAGAAAGCGAGUAGCCCUGGCAGUGGAAAAGGGACCAUAUCAGGCAAAAGCAGUGUAAGAGGGAAUGAGGCUAAGAAAUCGUGGGAAUUGGCCAAGCACAGGAACUCUAUGGCAAUUUCGGAAAAGUUUGGCUUGGGCCGAGGAUUAGCGGAUCUUUUGAUUGAUAGUGAGAGUGAUGGCGAAGGUGAAAACAAAGCAGAAGACAAUACUGACGAGUUUUUUGAUGCUGUUGAAAGUGAAAUUCCUCAAUCCGCAAAACUACACCAACGCCUAUUCGAAUUCAAAUUUGAAGUCGAAAAAGUAAGCGCCUAUCUCAAAAAAUCCGAUAAAGAUUAUGAAAAACCUGAAACUGUUCUUGCCGACAUGCUGCUCGAACACUUUGCUCUUAGCUUUAUCCUCCGCCCAGUCGAGAUAUCUGCCGAAGUCACAUUGGAGUCUUUCAUUAUCGAAGAUAAAAUUACUGAAACGGGAUCUGAAUUCAAGCAUAUUGUUUCAUCGAAAGGAGGGGAAGCAGACGGAAAGAGUGAUGGGGGAAAUUUGGUUCAUGUUAAAUAUACAAAGGUGGAUCCGCAGCAUCCGGAAUAUAUGUCGAGAUUUGAAGGGAUUGAUCAGAGUGUGGAUGUUGUAUUGAGGACUAUUACGAUUGUUGUAACUAGGAAGAGUAUAUUAACGCUUUUGGAUUUCGUUCUUGAUACGUUUACUACGCCAAAUAAUUCUCCGGCUGUUAGCACUCCAACGAACACUGAAUCACAAGAUAUACAAAAACAACGAAAACCUCGGAAACAAGCAAGUACAAUGCGAGUUAAAGUCCAAAUGAGUAGUAUUGUAUUUAUACUCAACAACGACGGAACACGCUUAGCCACUGGCUCGCUGGAGCGAGCAGACGUAGCCGUAAUGUUGCGCAAAGACACUCUACGCGUCGGUGCCCGCUUGGGCAACUUUUCUUUACUCGAUGAUACUAACAGCUCACCUGACGUCGACUCGUUCCGCCGAUUGCUAACCAUUCAAGAUGAGGACUUGGCCGAUUUCCGAUAUGAAACAUUUGACGAAAGCGAACCAGGUUAUCCCGGAUACGAUUCGUCAGUAUAUCUUCACGCUGGGUCAGCUAGACUCACUUUUCUCGAGGAACCAGUUAGAUUGUUGGUUGAAUUCGGAAGUAAAUUUGCGCAGAUGAAAGGAUUAUAUGAUUCUGCUCGUCGGGCUGCGGUCGAACAGGCCGCGCAAUUGCAGAAGGAAGUGCAGAAGUUUCAUUUUGAUAUUGUAAUACGUUCUCCUAAUGUCGAAUUUCCGAGGUGCAUGUCUAAGGACAGUGUUGUUGCUAAUUUAGGUGAAUUUUCCGCAUUGAAUGAAUUUGUUAACAACUCUGACGGGAGUGGAUACUUGACACGAAUUACAGCCGGAAUCAAAGACAUUCGUUUGACUUCAAACUUUUUCUCUGACAGUGGAAACGAACAAGAACUGCAGAUUAUCGAUGAUGUUGAUAUUGCCUUCAAAGUACAGUAUUCUCAACAUGUGGAGGGGUCGAAUAGACCUGAUAUGGAAAUAACUGGACAUAUGUCUGAUGUCAAGAUGAAAUUAACUGAGAAGCAGUACAAGGUCUUGUUUGAGCUGUCGAAUUCAUUCGCUCGUGCGUUUAGUGGAGGUGAAGCAGUUGAAGAUAGUAACAGACCGUCGAUAAGCGCACGUGAUGGAACUGUCGAGUCUAUGCCUGUGCCGUCUUCACCAGUAGUCGUACCUCUCACUGUUGCAGCACCUUCAGAUAAUCCUGAACCAAAACUGUCCGUAACGUUUAAUGUUAAUCAAAUAUAUCUUGAGAUAUUUAAUAGUGAUGAAUCGCAAGCGGAUUCUUCGGACAGGAAAAGUUUAUCAAAGUUUUCGCUGAACAAGACCGACUUCAGAUGUAAAAUACUCACUGACGGCGCUAUUGAUGCGGAAUUGCGACUUCAGUCGGUGACCUUGAGUGAUACUAGACCUAACAUUAAGAAUGUAUUCAGAGAGAUAUUACCUGCUAUCAAUAAGGAUGAGCCGCAGUUUCUAGUUAGUCUAAACAUGUCAGGCGACGCAGAACGUAAUAUUAUUGCAUUAGUUACAAUUGAUAGUCCCAAAGUGAUAUUUGCUCUCGAUUAUCUAUUUGCGCUUAAAGACUUCUUCCUGAGUCCGUUUGUAUCAGAUAAUAAUAGUUCAACGCAACACAAGCAAAUACUUGAUUCACCAGAAGAGACAGCACCAACUCCGCCUUCUAAACCGUCUCGUCCGUCUAAUCAGUCCACUUCUUCUGCACCUCGGUCGACAACGCUUAGCUAUCGUGUAAAUUUGAAAUCUGCAGAAAUAAUUCUACUUGCCAACCCACAAAUCGAAAGCACGGAAGCAGUCGUUCUUUCUGCAAAUCAGAUAGUAGUCACACAACAGAGUAUAAUGGCAUUAUCAAUUGAUGAAAUAGGCAUGUUUUUAUGUCGUAUGGAUAAACGAGAUGCUACGUUAUUACGAUUUAUCGACAACUUUAGGGUUUCGCUCACAGUUGACAAUAAUCCAUCGACCGAGUAUAGUCGAUCAACCAGCAUUAUGAUUGAUGUUGGACCGUUGAUUAUGCGAAUGUCUUACAGAGACGUUAUGCUACUAAUGUCUAUUUUGAAUAAGAUAUCAGAAUUAUCAUCUCAGUCGUCAUCUGCAAAGAAUAAAGAGGUCACAGAUGAGAAGGAGGGAAUGUUGAAUUUUGAUUACAAUAAUAUACAAAAUACAAUUAAGGAAAAGGAAAAAGAAUGGAAGGAAAAGGAGAGAAAAGUGGAGUUAGUUAGGGAAUCAUUAAAGGCUGGAUUUCAGGGAUUGAAAUUGAUUCUGAUCGGAGAUGAACAUAAUAUUCCAAUGAUUGAUAUGAAUGCAAAGGGGUUCACUGUCAAUGUAAAUGAUUGGUCAUCCAAGAUGACAGUAGACUCUGUUUUGGAGACUUACAUCAAUUACUUCAAUCUGACUAAUUCGCACUGGGAGCCCUUGAUCGAACCAUGGCAUUAUAAAUUACAAGUAUCCAAGAAUCUUAAUCCGGAAAGCAUGGAGAUCGAAAUAUUCUCAAAGAAACGACUGGAAAUUAACAUAACCCACAUAUUCAUCGAGACGAUGUUGACCACGCUUUCUAUUUUUAAACGUGAAAAGGAGCAUGUGUUGAGCACAGCAAGAGAAUCACGAACUCCUUAUAAAUUGGUCAAUAGAACAGGAUAUAGCAUGCACGUAUGGAAAAUAUCAAGUGACGAUAAUACUGAUACAGAGAUACGUAUACUCGAAGAUGGCGGGGAGGUCAACUGGCGUUUUGAUGACUGGAGAAUUGAAAGAGAGAGUCUUCCUUCCCCUUCGUCGACCAAGAACAUGCUUGGACUUCAAUUCGAAGGCUCAAACUGGGAAAGUAUAAAGGACAUUCCUGUCGAUCGUGAAGGCGAAACAUUCUACAUACUCCGUCCAAAACUGAGAGAUGUAUCGCAUCGUCUGGUGGUCGACAUCAAGUUGAAUGAUAAUAUUAAAGUAGUGACUUUCAGAUCAGCGUUGGUUGUGGAGAAUAGGACCAUGUUAAAUGUAGAAAUGAUGAUUGUUGAUGCAAAUGGGAAGCAAGUGUCGGAUAUUUAUCACAUUGGACCAAAUGAUGAUUGUCCUGUGCCUUUUGAAUCUUCAUAUCAUCAUCGGCUGAAAUUCCGACCCGAAGGCGGUUUUGGCUAUGAUUGGAGUUCUCAGAGCCUAUACUGGCAAGACUUUAUCAAAAAAGAUACAAUCAAGUCUAUUUCAUGCGCAUCUACCGGUGAAGAUGUCCCAUUUAGAUUCCAAAUAUUUGCAAAAUAUAAAAAGAACGACCCACGCACCAUGACAUAUCCAUGCAUGUCAAUUCGCCUGUCUGCGCCAAUAGAGAUAGAAAAUCUUCUUCCAUAUGAUGUCAAGUUCCGUGUUUAUGAUAAGACAACCAAACACGAUUGGCCGAAUAACUCUUUAAGCAAGGGAGGAAGUACCGCAUUGCAUUUAAUUGAAUUGGGACAUUUGUUACUUUUGAGUAUUGAGAUAUCGGACACUGAAUAUAAACCAUCCGAAUUUGCAAUUAUUAGCUCUCCAAAUGAAGACUAUCACGUAGAUAGCACCCUUACAGUCGAGGAUCCAGAGGGAUUGAAGCUAAAUCUUAAAAUACACUAUACCGAGAUUCCGAACUCAGGAGGAGCCUUCAAAUUUAGUAUUUAUAGCCCACAUGUGAUGAUGAAUAAAACAGGUCUAGAUAUGACGUUUAAGAGCAAGUCACUCUUCCAGAAUGCUAAGAUUGCUGCUGGUCAAGGAUGGCUAUCCGGACGGCGUAGGAAUCAAACGGUCAAGCCCUAUAUGUUCUCUUACCCGAGUGAUGAAACAAGAAAUCGAGCAUUACUUAAAGUUGGAGAUUCGGACUGGAGUAAUCCUUUAAGUUUUGAGGCUGUUGGGAGUGUUAUGGAAGUAGUAAUACCUUCUCAAUCGCGAGAUGAUGAGAUACACAUUGGCGUUAGCAUCGAAGAGGGACAUUCGAAAUAUAAAUUGAUAAAAGUCGUAACAUUCACUCCGCGUUUCAUCCUCAAAAACAAUCUUAACGAAGAUAUCGAUUUCCGAGACGUGUAUUCCAAUAAUACAAUUUUAUUGAAGUCAAAAGAUAGAGCACCUCUACAUUUCUUACAUAGGGGAGACGUGAAGCAGCUCUGUUUCUCGUAUGCUGGGAAUGGAAACCCAUGGUCUGCGCCAAUUAACAUUAAUGAUAUCGGAAGAAUACAUCUAAAAGUUGCAAAGGCCGAUAGAGAAAUUCAUUUACUGAGAAUUGAAAUUCUAUUGGAGCAAGCGACCGUUUUUCUAAUCCUUAACAAAGAAGAAGGAAAAUGGCCAUAUAGAAUAGAUAAUUACUCCGACGUGGAUGUUGUAUUCUAUCAACAAACUCCUGAUCGCCGCGAGUCAGGCUCCAGCGCAAGUCUCUAUGCACUCAAGAAAUAUGGUCUCCCAGCAGGCAGUUCAGAAGUAUAUUCGUGGGAUUUUCCAGCAUUGAAGGAAAAAAGAUUGAUUCUCAAUGUCAAUGGCACGGAGCGAACAGUCAACAUACAAGAAAUUGGAACUCUUGUUCCGUUCAAGGUUCCGCGUCCCGAUGGAGUUCGUAUACUCUCCCUCGAAGUCGCUGCAGAUGGUCCCACGCAGGUAUUACUGCUUAGUAAUUAUAAGCAGUCAAAAAGCAUGUACAAGCCCCGUCCUGCAUCAGUAGCGUCAGUCGCGAAAAGUGAGAAUGGUAGUGCGAAGGAUGCCUUUGAAAUUAUAGAUGUUGAUUCUGUAACUAGUCUCAACUUCCAAAUCAGACUAGAGGGAAUUGGAAUUUCUGUCAUUAACAAGAGAAUGCAAGAACUGUCUUACAUAUUACUACGUGGUUUGGAGUUUUCGUACAGUGAUUCCACGCUCUAUCAGUCAUUAAAUUUUGUAGUAAAAUGGUUACAGAUUGACAAUCAGCUCUAUGGUGGUCUGUACCCAAUCAUCUUUUACCCAACAGUUAUACCUAAAGAAGGCAAAGAAAUCGAAGCCCAUCCUACCUUUAACGCCACUCUUAUCAAAUCGAAAGAUGAAUCUCACGGCGUCGUAUACUUUAAAUACUUUUCAAUGCUGUUGCAAGAAAUGACUUUUGAAAUGGAUGAAGAUUUCUUAUUUGCAUUACUGGAGUUCAUGAAACUAAGGGGAUUAACCACUGAAGAAGAGGAUGAUCUGCAGCUGUUUGACGGAAAUAUGGAUGUUCCGGAACCAAAGUCUAUGGAGGGAGAUGCACAAUAUUAUUCUGAGAUAAUGCAUAUUCAGCCAAUGAAGAUUAACAUAUCUUUCGUGAGAACCGAAAGGGUUAACGUUGAGGAUAAACCUCCGCCACGGAAUCCAAUAACGUUCUUCUUCAAUAUACUGACGAUGGCCAUUGGAAACAUUAAUGAUGCUCCAAUAAAACUAAACGCUUUAGCGAUGGAAAAUGUGCGCGUUAGCCUUCCAGUACUCAUCGACCGCAUUCGUCGACAUUAUGGCCAAGAAUUCCUCUACCAAAUCCAUAAAAUCAUUGGAUCGGCAGAUUUCUUGGGCAAUCCAGUUGGACUGUUUACUAAUAUCAGUUCUGGUGUGAUGGAUGUAUUUUACGAACCAUAUCACGGAGUUGUUAUGAGUGGGCCGAACGAGCUCGGGUUUGGAAUUGCGAGGGGAGGUCUCAGCUUUGUAAAGAAAACCGUCUAUGGUCUCUCUGAUAGCGUUGCCAAAUUUACCGGUAGUAUCGGGAAAGGACUCUCUGCUGCGACAUUAGAUAAAUCCUAUCAAGAUAGUCGCCGUAUGGCACAAUUCCGAAAUCGCCCCAAACACGCACUCUAUGGCAUCACCCAAGGGGCAAAUGCGCUUGCAACUAGUGUUGGAAGUGGCAUUGAAGGAUUGGUUAGGAAGCCGAUCGAAGGUGCUGAGAAAGAAGGAGCUACUGGAUUGUUGAAGGGUGUUGGAAAAGGACUUGUUGGGUUUGUUACUAAACCAGUUGUCGGUGUAUUUGAUUUGGCGAGUAAUGUUACUGCAGGUAUUCGAAACACAACAGUUGUAUUUGACGAAGGUGAACUAACUCCAGUUCGACCGCCUCGAUUUGUUGGGCGCGAUGGUAUAUUAAAACCUUACAAUUGCCGUGAGGCUGUCGGCCAACGAAUGCUUAAAGAACUCGAAAACGGCAAAUACUUUAAUGAUGAUUACCUUGCUCAUAUUGAGCUCAAAGGCGAUGAUACGAUAGCAAUGCUUACUCGAUCACGAAUAAUGCUUAUUAGGAGUAGGCGAUUGAAAGUAGAAUGGGAAGUGCAAUUUUCGGAUCUUCAGGCGGUUUCAAUGCAACCGUCAGGAAUUUUGCUGAUGUUGAGAAAUGGCACACCAGGGCCAUUUAUUCCUAUUGCCGAUCAGAAUGUGCAGCAUUGGUUCGAGAGAAAAGUGGAAGAGGUUAUUAAUGAAUUUAAUUCCGAGAAGAGAUUAGCUGAAUGUUAA